AUGAGCCAACAAUUGGAAUCCUUGGUUAAUCGUCUUGAAUCUGCCAUCAGUCGUCUCGAAAAGAUCAAACUUACUGAAGGUGAUAGCACUUCAUCCUCCUCUUCAUCAUCAUCCAAUGAAGCUCCAUCCGUGAGUGCCUAUAAGGAAUAUGUUGCUACUCAUGUUCAACCAUUGGUUGAUAUUUGUAAUCAAAUUGGUGGAGAAUGUGUGAAUGGUGGAAAAUUCAUUUCAGAUGCCUUUGCUGAAAUGCUCAAAGUGAUCACCUUGGCCAGUAUUGCUAAAAAGCCAAGCGAUGAUGAAUUUGGUAAAAUUCUCACUCCAUUGGGUAAAGUUCUCUCUGCUGCUGGAGAUUAUCGUUUCAAGAACAACAAGUCUGAAUUCUAUAAUCACUUGUACAGUAUUGAGGAAGGCUUGAAGUGUUUGGUUUGGCCAACCACUCCUGCUCCAGUCUCUCAUGUCAAGGAAAUGGUCAAUGCUGCUCAAUUCUAUAACAAUAAGAUUCUUAUGGCUUACAAGAAUACUGAUAAGGCUGAAUUGCAUCGUUCCUUUGUCAAUCAAUUCAAGACUGCUAUUGAAGAAUUAGCUGUUUACGUGAAGGAAUAUCAUAUGAGUGGUUUGGCUUGGAAUGCAAAGGCUUCUCAAGUAGCAAGUGCAGCCUUGUUGGAGAGUGGCUCAAGUGAGGCUUCUUCUUCUUCUUCAGUUCCAAGUUCUGGUGGUGCUGGUGUUCCUCCACCUCCAUCCAAGAUGGUCAAUGUCUCUCAAGACUUUGUCAAUUCCUUAAAGAGCUCUUCAGAUUCUUCAUCUGGAUCCAGUGGCAGUGCUGGUGCAUUGUUUGCUGAAAUUGCCUCAAGAAAGGACAAUGCCUCUGUCGGACUCAAACAUGUCACCAAAGACAUGAAAACCAAAUAUCAAACAGACAAGCCACCAGCAGUGGUACCAGGUACAACCAGCAAACCAACAACUACCACUUCAACAGCAGGUAAUGCUCAAAAGAAGAGAGGAACUCCAAAGUUUGAAAGAGAUUCUUCUGGUAAGAAGUGGCAAGUGGAAUGGCAAAGUGGUGCUCAUGAUUUGAAGAUUACUGACACUGCUAUCGGUCAAUCAGUCUAUAUUUAUCAAUGUAAUGACACCAUGGUCGAGAUUACCGGAAAAGUCAACAAUAUUGUUUUGGACAAGUGUACAAAGACCUGUAUUGUUUUGGAUAGUGUGGUCAGCGGUAUUGAAUUGGUAAAUUGUCAAAGUUGUCAAGUACAAGUGAGAGGUGCUGCUCCAACUCUCUCUAUUGAUAAGACUGAUGGUGCUAUUGUUUACUUGUCAAAAGAAUCUAUUCAUUGUAGAAUUGUUACUGCCAAAUCAAGCGAAAUGAACAUUGUUGUUCCAGAUUUGGAUUCCAAGGAUGAUGACAUUAUUGAAAUUCCACUUCCAGAACAAUUCGUGAACACUUAUGAUCCAAAGACCAAGAAAUUCCAUACUGAAUUGAUGAAACACGAAUAA